AUGCACAAAUUUUAUUUUACACUGAAACGUAAAGUAUCUUCCGCUUGGGGAUUCCUCUUAAUUAAUUUCGUGGCAUUUGGUUGUUCCUACGGUAAAUUAAGUUUAACAAUCGAUUUUCACGUUCGUUCGCUAAUAAACUCGUAUUGGUCGCAGGUUUUUCUGUUGUCGUUGAGCUGGCCGCAUGUAAUAGGAAACGCGGACCUCCAGGAUGAAGUGGUUUUCGAUCAGAUUGCAACUGCGUCGGAAAAUGUGGCUGAAAGUGUGAAGAAGCUCGAGCAAAAGGAGUUUCGGGACCAGUUGAUACCGUCCAUGAUAGACACGACGAUACAUUACGAAAACUCCAACGGUUUCGUGCCUAUGGUGGCACCCAUCGCCAAGCGGCCCGAUAAUCUUUCAGAAGUAACAUCCUCACCGAAAAUUGCCAAUGUUACUUGGACCAAUUCGAGUGCAAGCCGCGUCGAUGAUAAGAAAAAGGAUAAGCGAGAUAACAUCGAGAACGAUCCUGCCUUUUCAACGGAGGCCAGGAUAUUUCUGAAUUUUCCAAGUCUGAGCAACAAUCGCAGAUCUUUCGAGUAUCAAGGCAGUCAGAACGAGUUCGAGUUGCUGAAAGUUCGAAACGACACCCCGAUGGUGGCUAAUUAUCCGGACUUCUACGAAGAUCCAUCGAGUUCCAUGGAGAUGAAGGAGGACGAGGCUGGAUCUUCGAGGCACAGGAACAAAGGAAAGAGUCAAACGGCGCAGGAUUACACGGGGAAUUAUGGAAUGGUACGGAGUGAAAAUAAGGAACGCUCUUCGUACGAGGAUUAUUAUUCCCGCAAUGUGCCGAAGGAGAAGGAAAAGAAGAGUCAGGCGAAAGCGAACGCGAAUUAUCAUCAGCAAGAUGCUGUCAGCUACGACGGUCACGGGCAGACCGCGACCAGGAAAAAUGGGCCGACCACGUUCUUCUCAAGGACGAGCCAGCAAUCUAACGUUCCUGCGAGCAGCAAUCCUAAAAAUCACGAAGAUGCAUACGACAGCGUCGCUGCAACGUCUCAAAUUUCAAAGAAUCAUCAGAAAUUCUCCAGACCUGUCGUAGUCGCCGAAUCGAACUACAAUUUUGACCAUCAGUCAUCUAGAAAAUCAAACUCGGAUCUGGACGAUUAUCAAACCGCUAGAAUCAUCGAUUCGUCGAGUUCCGAACUGUCGCAUCGUCACACGAUUCGUAACAGGGACGGUAGAUUCCGAAGCGACGAGGAUUCGAGGGACACAUCCGACGAUUCUGAGUACCUCGAGUACACGGAGCGACCUAGAAGAGUGCAGAAGAGCAGAAGGCGUCCUUCCAGCGCGGACAACUCGAAGAGACUUCAAAAGGAGCACCGAAGUUCCAUAGAUGAAAGCGGAGAAUUCGAGAACCAAGGUAAAAGACAUCAUUCCUCCAGGUCGAAGUCUCAUCGUCAAAGGGUGAGAGGGAACUCGUGGUUCGACGAGGAUCGUCAUCACGAUCAGGACGACAGCUACGAGGACUCUAGAUACGAUGGUAGAACCUCCAGCUCUGAAACGAGGCACCAAAGCUCCAAGUUUAAACCGAGUAAUAGCUGGAAUCAGGUAUCUCCGAAUCUGGAAAUUUCACACUCGAACGGGGUCGAAAUCGGUCAGCUCGAGAAACCGAAGCUGAUCGUUCCGGUUAAAGUGAAUCUGGUACCAGUGGCGAACUUCGACCACGCAACGGCCAUCGGCAGUAGCCAGGGUUUCGACGUGUCGAAUGCGGUUUUGCAAAAUAUCGUCUCGGGGAAUCCGCUUAGCACGCCAUCCCCGGCUAUCAGCACCGCCGAAAAUGUUCUAAGUCAAGAUUCCAAGAUAAGAGUGUCCACUCCGGUGCCAGACAUAAUCGUCGGCCAGAACGGCUAUCAGAACUCCGUCCAGACGAACGAGCAGAACAAAUUUUCGAUGAACUUCAAACCGCACUUCAUGUCCACCACGGUUGCUCCAGUUUACGCGGUCACUCCGAGCUUGCAGAGUAUAUCCGUCCAGGAUAUCCAAGGCGCGUCUACGCCUCGACCGACCUACGUCAGCGCUUCGAACCAAGUGCAACACCCUUCGACGAACCAAGUGCAAGGAAACGGACCGCAGCUGGUGGUUCCUCAGCCGACUCUUCAAACCAUCUCCACGUUGCUGCACACCCCGGUUCCCAACUCGGACUUCAACAUCCAGGUGAAUCCUCACGGUAUGCACGGUCAGAACCCCAUCGAUCACGGUAAUUUGCAGCUGCAGGCUGUGCCAACGAUGUCCACUGUUACUUCUACCGAUCAUUCUGUUCCUGUUACGAAAUUCAGCCUGCUGCCCGCGGAAUCGCAGAGCAAGAAGACUCUGUUCCCUAAUUCCAACACGAAUUUCUUGACCUCCGCAAAUUUUCCUGUCGGUCAAAACGAUCAAAGACAAGUGAACGGUAAUUAUUACCUUCAAAAUUCGAAUAAUCAGCAAAUUAAAUCGCAGCUGCAGGGGAAUCUGUAUCAGCAGGUUCUGAGGAACGUUAACGUAGCCCCGAAGACCAAGACGUACCUUCAGACGACGCAUCUUCUCCCAGCGCUGUUGCAUCCAAUGCCCACUAUCGCUACCAUAGCGGCAAGUACUCCUCAAGUGUUAUCCGAUCAUCAGAACGUUCAAGGUAACGUGGUCCUGCAGGCGCCUCGCGAUCAGAAUCAGCAGUUCCUGAAGAUUCAGAACACCGGGGCUGAUAAUCAAUUAUCGACGCUGAGGAAACUGCCGUCGCUCGUGUAUCAAACGAUCGACAACAUGGGUAGCCAUAGCACUAGCAGUGUUAAUACCGUGAACGCGUUCCCAGGAAUCGCCGAUACGGCUCAUUUACCUUACGUUGGCACCAGGAACGUCGAAAUCGUGAAUCCGAACAUCAAACCCAGCCCCAUCGACACGACGGUGCUGAAUUCCUACGAGACGAUGCAUUACCCAGCUACGGUGUUAACCACCUCUAUUCCCAUGUUCACCACCACCAGCUUCGUGACCGCUAGACCUCUGCUCUCGUCGACCACCACGGAAUCCAGCCACGUUCAGGGUCUGCUGAAUUCAUUGACCGAGAUAGGAUCGAAGAAUCAUCAAUCCACGGGCGAUUUGAAAGCGUACCAGUCUCAGGACAGACCCGUCUUCAAUCCAAUCAAUUUCGUUCCAAAUAUGGAUCUAAUGAAGAGUCAGAGCGCUCUGAAUAGCAAACUGCACGCGUCUGAACCUCUUCCACAGAAUCUGAAUCUCGUUCCCUUGAUACCAGGUGGUAAUUUCUUCAAACCUUCCUUCACGUCCCAAGGAGAGUUGCUGGUGAAACCGAAAUUAAAUUCAGACCUGGCGACCUACGCGGAGCAAAUGUUCAAGGAGUCCCUGAAGACCAUCUACAACACCCAGAAAUGGAACAACGAUAGAAAAGCAGCGAACCAGGCGCGUCAGAACGCGUCCGAUUCGGACAUCGCGAAGCUGAAGAACGAACUGCAACGUUUGAAAGCUUCGCUGUACGAUUCGAAGAGGAACAAGGAUCAGCUGGAAGGACAUCAAACUGAGACCAAAGUGCAGACAGCUGAGCUGCCCGGAAAGAAACCGGACGAAUUCUUAGCUGCACUGGAGCAGAUGUUUAAGAACCAUCAUACAGAACCUCCGCACGUGUAUUAUGGAAAUAAUAAGCCGCACAGGUAUCGAAGACCCGAGCAGGAUAAAUAUAAUCCAGGAUCGAAGGGCGAACAUUUUAAAGAGACGAACCACAUCAAAGAUUUUAUGACACCGCCGCAUCCAAAUCCCUAUCGAUCGAAAGGACAUUUCCAUGAUAAACCGGGGAAGAAGAGACCCAUCUCUGGACCAACGAGACAUAAUAGUCAUCAUAAUCAUCAUCACGGACCGAGACCGUACCCGAGGCACCAUUUUUCUCAUAAAACCGGCGGUGUCGAUGGUUCCGCGACGAAUCUCGAUCCAGUUUACUUGGAUGGAUUCUCGCAGCGAGGAAAUUUGCACGAUUCCAGGCAACGAGCUCGUCCGGAAUUCAGAAAAAGCUCGCCGUUCGAUUCUUAUUCCUCGUUCUCUACACAGUUACCAGAAAAGAAGGGUUAUUUCAAUGGGUUUAAUCAGCAGAAAGGAUCGAUCGGUAAAGAGAACGGUAUCAAUCAUCCAAAGUCUCACAAUCUGCUUGGUUUGUUGAUGAAGAACAAACAGCUACCGGAAGGAAGGAACACGAGCUAUUUCCGAGACCAGGAUCAAUUGAAGCAGUUCUUCGAAGGCGAGAAACAACGAUUGCAGCAACAAUUUUACGACGAUACUUUCAAGGAUUAUUUUUACAAAAUGUCGGACGGUCACGGUGGCUCCGAUACCAGAUCUUUGCCACAUUUACAGAAAAGUAGAGUUUGA